GCCUGGUACCGCUUCAUGAUCCACGACAGGCCUGCAGAAAUGCCAACAAAAUGUAUAGAAAUGAACAAGUGCGGGACGCAGGCCCCGGUGUGGCUCUCGCUGGGGUCGGAAGCGCUGCCGGCCGCCGGAGAACGCAAGCAGCUCACGGCCUGCGCCACAUGGCGCCUCCUCCUCGGCGGCGCCCAGGACUGCUGCGUGUUCCGCGUGCCCGUGGCCGUGCGCAACUGCGGCGCCUUCCUCGUCUACCGCCUGCCACCCACCCAAGGCUGCAUGGGCUACUGCGCCGAAGUGAAACUCAUGAGCCUGGCUUUGCAACCCGUGAUAACUCCCAAGCUUGUGGCAAACCAUGCCCACCUGCAAUGCGUUUACGAGYGCCCAUCCUCAGGCCAAGGGCUGCGCUACGAGGUGCUCUGGUCCCGUCUGUCCGACGCUGGUGCAAAAGAGGAGAUCCGCCGGGACAGCACUCAGCAGCCCUUCUCCUACCUGGAGGUGGAUGGUGUUCACCUCAGGCUGGGAGACACGGUCUUUUGCACUGUCACCGCUUUUAUGAAGGACACUCCUGAUCAGCAGUCAUUACCCGAAGAAAGCAGCGGAUUCUAUGCAGGGAUUAAGUUUUUACCAGAAUCAUUACAAAUUGCAGAGGAUGGCAAAGAGCAUGUUCUGACCAUUCUGAGUACUGUUCCUAUUACCUGUUCGAGGAAUGAUGAUUCCUGCAAAAUAACUUUACAGCUAAGUACCGAGGAUUUGGACAACCGGCUCGUGGGGCCCCCGGACGUGGUCCUCUCGUCGUGCCAGGUGGAUCUGCAUCCCACGGCCUGCACGGCGAGCGGCUGCGCGGCGGCCGCGCUCACGGUGACGGCCGUGACGGACUUCGCGCGCGACGGGGACCGCRUCACUCACGUCAGGGCGAAGGUGGACGAAGGCAGCGAGCCCCUCUGGAGGGCCUACACCCCAACGGAUGUGCAGGUCACAGUUCAAGACCUCCCAACAGGGAACUGCUACUCUUUCACCGAUCCUCACAUUAUCACAUUUGAUGGAUGGCGCUACGACAACUCCAAGACGGGCACGUUCCUGCUGUGCGGGAGCGCGCGGCGGGCGUUCGCGGUGCACGCGCGGCAGCGGCGCUGCGGGCGCCCCGGCGCCGCGUGCACGUGCGGCGUGGCGGCGCGCGACGGCGACGACGUGGCCCUGCUCGACCUGUGCGGCCCCGCGCGCGCCGGGCCGCGGCUCCGCGUGCGCCGCGGCGGCGCCAGGGUCCUCGCGGCCUACGGAGGCAGGAAGAUCACACUGCUGUUCCCGUCGGGAGCGUUUGUGCGCRCGGACGUGAGCGCGUGGGGCAUGAGCGUGACGGUGCGGGCGCCGAGCAGCGACUUCAACGGCACCCGCGGCCUCUGCGGCACCUUCGACGGCGACGGGCGCAACGAGGCGCACGGCGCCGACGGGCGGCCCUGGCCCAGCAACGCGCCCCACGAGGACUUCAUCGAAGAGUGGAGAAUACCUCCAGGGAAGAGCUUAUUCGACAAGACUCCAGCACCUUCUGAAGGGAAGAACAGGAAAAAGUACUGCAGAUGUCAGAAGGUGAACACUAAGUCCUUGCACUCAGUAAGCACACUGAGCACCCUGCAAAAUUCUGUCCCUCCGUCCCUUGGCUGCCAUUAUGAAAAUGUGGAUUAUACUUCUGCAAUCCCAUAUAUAGAUGUUACAACAGAAUUUGUCUCUCACUCAGAAAUGGAAUCUCCUUUGGGAAACAGGAAACCGUUGGCCAAGCCCUUUCAUUGGAAGUACCUGCCAAAAUCUGUCAAAAGGCGACAUAGUCGCAAGCACCAAUUAAAGCCACUCACAAACAUUUCCAUGAAACGCCAGGAAAACAACAGUUUCAUUAACUUUACUAAAGCAACAGAGAAACUACAGAGAGCCAAAAGGCAAGACAACUAUUACGAACACUCAUCGUUUUACCCGUUACAAAGCCCAAGCCAAACAGACUCAGAGAGCUUUGCAUAUUUUUUCCCAGAGGACUACUUUGAAGGGAGCCGGACAAAACAUCCACUGGCCUGGCCUACUCCCAAUGGCCUAACCUAUGCUAAAGCUCUGGAGAUCUGUCACCAGAUUCUUGCAAAUUCCACCAUUGGCUUAGCAUGUAAAGUCAUCCUUGGCAAGCAAAUGGAUGAGGCCAUUGAUAUGUGUCUUUCAGAUCUGCAGCUCAAGGAUGAUGUGGCCUGGGUGACUGCACUGAUAGCCUUUUUGGAAAACGAAUGUGAAAGAAGAGUGUUGGGAAACAGAAGUAGAAUAUUUCAUGUAGGAAACCAACCAUCUGCUAGCCAGCAAGAAAUCCUCACCGUUCUCAGGUGUCCUGCUUUCUGUAAUGGCAACGGACAAUGUACAGACCGGGGCUGCCGCUGCUUUGAAGACCACAGCUCUUACGACUGUAGUAUUGCCAGAAAGCACACUUUGGAAAUCACAGGCUUAGCGCACGGGGGCCUCUGCGAUAUUCGAGUCUCUGACUGUAGCAGGAUCCGGGUGUUUGGCCUCGGCUUCAAAGAUUCUCACAACCUGCACUGCAAGGUCACCAGAUUAAUUCAUCUCAAUGGUGAAUGGAUAUCGAGAGAGCAAGAGACCACGAAAGCAGAUUUUCUCAGCUCUAAGGCCGUGGACUGCCAGAUUCCUCUUCUCAACGUCACGGGGAUGGAGGCUGUGCACCUCGUGGCUGGUGACGAGCCGUUCGCACGAUGGCAAGUGAAAAUCACUAACGAUGGCUUCCAGUACAGUAAUUCCAAAGUCCUGACCCUGUACGAUGCAGUUUGCCAGGCCUGUGAAUUCCAUCCAACCGGAGUUUGUAAAUUAAAGGAAAAUACUUGUAAUAUAGAUGGACUUUGCUAUGGUGAAGGAGAGUCAAGCCCUGCCAGUCCUUGCCUUCUCUGUGAACCCAACACUUCUAAGUUCGCCUGGUCUAUUAAUAGAAACAACCUGCCUCCUGUGUUCCAAGCCCCCUCCAGCCAACUGCUGACCUUUACUGGGGAGAAUUUUGUUUACCAGCUGGUAGCACUGGAUCCGGAAGGGUCAGCUGUGCUCUUCAUCUUAGAGGCUGGUCCACAGGAUGCCAGGCUCUCUCCUGCUGGCCUUCUCAUCUGGAAAGUUGUUUCAGAAGAAACGCAGACCUUUGAAUUCACUGUGUCAGAUGAAUGCAAUGCACAGAGCAGAUACUCUAUUGAGGUUCUGGUAAAGCCUUGCAGCUGCAGCAAUGGUGGAACAUGUGUUACCAACAUCAAAUUCCCCCCAGGCCUCGGUGAAUAUCUGUGCUUAUGUCCAAACGGAUUUGAUGGAGAAUUUUGCCAGCAGGAUAUUAAUGAGUGCAAAUCAAACCCCUGUGGAAGUGGAGUGUGCGUGGACAGUGUGGACAGUUUUGUCUGUAAAUGUCCCCCUGGUUUGGAAGGGCUUACUUGUCAGGAAGACAGGAACGAAUGCAAAGAGAAUCUCUGCUUUCCUGGCGUGUCUUGUCUGAACACCUUUGGAUCAUAUAUAUGUGGAAUCUGYCCCCCUGGGAUGGAGGGAGAUGGUAAAAAUUGCAAAUCUGUGCUUGCUGCUGACGUUACAGAAGAGUCCAUCAUUGACAAUAACRAUGGCAGAGGUGAUCUGAACCCGACUGAGGUUGAAUGGCUACUGCAACCCUUAGAGGCAAAGAAUUCUCCUGCAGUUAAGAGCAUUAACAGAAGUGAUACACAAGGCCACCCAGCACCUCCGUCAUACGUUACCACCUGCGCCAACAGGCCAUGUUUCCCUGGAGUCCCGUGUUUCGAUCGGAAACCACCUUACAUUGGAUACUUCUGUGGCCGAUGUCCAGCAGGGUUUUUCGGAAAUGGCCGUGUCUGUACCAAAGUCCCCAGAUCCCCAGUUCCAAGAUCUUCCCAAAGCCGUAUGGAUAUUGCUGAAAGAAACAGGGAUGAUGCUACACGCUCUCAUCAGGAAGAUGCUUUACAGAUACCACAAAAUACUUACUCUCUUCUUUCCCAAGCCCAGCUUCCAAGACAAGAAGCUACAUAUUUUCUGGGAAGAAAUCCCAUGGUCAUUAGCACUCCAUCCCCUACAAUAAAAAGAAAGUUUUCCCAGGCUCAGACAUUAUCAGCAAAAAGAAAUGAUAAGGAGUCCAUAUUUCCUGAAAAACAGACUUUUCUUGAAAAAAUAAAAAUUAGCAGUGACACACAGACCUUCCUUCCGCACAAGGAACCAGAGCCCAAAGCAGCAACUCUCAGUAUGACUACCCAAAUGCCUCCUCAUUUUAAACAAAGUAAAGCAGUUACAGUACAGACGGCCUCUUCUCAUCUCAAGACAAACUCAAGUUCAUUCUUUAGGAGCCCUCACGCUGUUCAACGAAUUCAUCCCAAACGUGGCUAUUCCCCUAGAAAAUGGCUCAGCAGGAUCACGGUCUUGAAGAUGGAACCACCCCAAGAUUCUGGAAGAGAGCAGCAGAGAACAUCCCCUUUGGCAUCACACCUUGCCUCCUCACUUCAUUUAACAGGUUCUUCUUUUGAUACAGCUCCUUCGCAUGCAAACCCCCCAUCUGGACCUCUUUCCCAAGCAAGGCUUCUAGCACAGACCACAGCAAUCAGGAAAGCAGAAGAUGUAGCAAGAGGUCAUCUGGAACUACCAAAAACCACGAGUGGGACGCAGCACCAGAAAGCGAUCUGUGAGAAUAUCCCGUGCUUCCCUGGCGUGGAGUGCAAGCCAGCCAAGGACGGAGGUUCUACCUGUGGGCCUUGUCCUCCUGGGUACAGCGGUAAUGGGACUACGUGUGAAGUGCUCUGUGAUCCGCCCUGUGAGCACGGAGGAACCUGCGUCUCCCAAAACACUUGCUCUUGUGCUUAUGGAUUUGUUGGUCCUCGAUGUGAAACAAUGGUUUGCAGCAGGCACUGUCACAACGGUGGCAUCUGUGUGUCCCCAGAUGAAUGCAAAUGCAAAAAUGGAUGGAGCAGCCCUUCUUGUGAAACAGCCGUGUGCAAUCCAGUGUGUUUAAAUGGAGGAAUCUGUGUCAGGCCAGAUACGUGCAUGUGUCCUUAUGGUUUUUAUGGACCGCAGUGUCAGACAGCUGUUUGUGUUCCUCCUUGUAAGAACGGUGGUCACUGCGUUCGAACCAACGUGUGCUCCUGUUCUGAGGGUUACAUGGGCAGAAGGUGCCAGAAAAGUGUCUGUGAUCCCAUGUGCAUGAAUGGAGGGAAGUGUGUCAGCCCAAACGUCUGUGACUGCCCAUCAGGUUGGAAGGGAAAGCACUGUAAUAAACCUGUUUGCCUGCACAAGUGUCUGAACGGUGGCGAAUGCACAGGGCCAAACAUCUGCGAGUGCUCUGGAGGAUGGACAGGGAUGCGGUGCCAGACUCCAUUUUGUGAGCAAAAAUGUCUGUUUGGAAGCAGGUGCAUAAGACCAAAUAUCUGUGCUUGCAGAAGUGGCUAUACUGGUUCAGCAUGUGGAAGAAAGGCUAUUGCAGAUGUGUCUCUGCAGCAAAAGGAUGCUUUGCAUACUCUCUCCUUAAGUAUAAAAGGGACUGCAGAGUAUUAA